AUGAUAUCAACAAGGGAUAUGUUGAUAAAAUUAUGCAAUGAAGAAAAUGAAGAAAAUGUAGAAAAUGUAGAAAUAUCAACAAGUGAUACUUCUGCUGCUAUAAAUGGUCACUUUGAAGUAGUAAAAUAUUUACUUGAAAUAGGAUAUAAAGGUGACAAAUUAGCAAUUAGUUAUGCUGCUAUAAAUAACCACUUUGAAAUAUUAAAAUAUUUACAUGAAUUAGGGUAUAAAUGUUAUGAUUGGACUAUUGAUUGUGUUGCUAAAAAUGGUCAUCUUGAAGUAGUAAAAUAUUUACAUUCAUUAGGAUAUAAAGGUACAGAAGAUGCAAUAGAUAAAGCUGCAGAAAAUGGUCACCUUGAAGUAGUUAAAUAUUUGCAUGAAUUAGGAUAUAAAGGGUAUAAAAGUUCAACAUGUGCAAUAAAUAAAGCUGCAGAAAAUGGUCACCUUGAAGUAGUUAAAUAUUUACAUGAAUUAGGAUAUAAAUGUGACAAAUGGACAAUUAAUUCUGCUGCAGAAGAAGGUCAUCUUGAAGUAGUUAAAUAUUUACAUGAAUUAGGAUAUAAAGGUGAUAAAUGGAUAAUUUAUAUUGCUAUAGAAAAUAAUCACCUUGAAGUAGUAAAAUAUUUACGUUCUAUAGGAUAUAAAUAA